AAUUCCUUUUGCUUGCUUUCUUCCUUUCUAAAUAUAGCAACCAUAAAGCUCUAAUCUUCCAUGGAGUUUGGGACACCUAUAAAUCGUUUUCUCUAAGUCAGGUUCUCUGCCCUUCACCAUUCCAUUGUACCACUAUACUUCAUUGUGGACUGGGAUUCAGAUUCUCCAGAAUUUGAUGCUCCAAGGAAGAAUGAUUCCCGGCUUCUCCUCUGCCCGUGCUCUUGAGUUGGGUUUUUCUGGGUUGUGUUCAGUGGUUGACCAUAAAAAUUCAUGGGAUCAGCUGAGGUUUUGGAAAGAGAUGUGUUAAUUAGGUGAAGCUAAAGAAAGUUUUCUUGUUUGAACUAAACUGAGUUUUUAUAAAAUUUCAGAAUCAGUGGUUCUGUUGCGUGUAAUGGAGUCUUGGUGCUAUGUUUCUGGGGAGAAGGGGGGAUUUUCUUCUGAUUCAAGAUUAUCACCUUCUGAUUCAGUUGCAAGAAGUAGAAGUGCAUUGAUGAACUGGGAAUUGAAAGGUCCAUAUUGUUUUGGCAACAACAUGUUCAUCUCAGGUCAACAAGGUAGUGAGAAUCACGCUUUUGGAGAAUUGAGUUAUGGAGAACUGAUAGGGAAACAACUGACCAAUGGUUCAAUUGGAGAUGUUUUAAGCAGUAAAAUUAGUGGUGGAAGUACUCUAAAUCCUAUUAUGGGUACUCUGAAUUACCUUUCAGCGGAGGAUGAGCCCCCUUCCAAGCUUUCAAGCUCUGUGGUGGACUCUUACAGUAGGGAUUCUUCACUCGUAGAUUUAAAGCUGGGGAGGUUUGCCGAUCCUAGAGAUGAUCAAAAUUUUAGCUUUUCCAAAGGAGGACCCAUUCUCUCUUCAUCUGAGUCAUCUACACCCCCAAAGAGAGUGCGAGCAACGGGGCUAAAUUCUCUCACUGUCUAUUGCCAAGUAUAUGGUUGUAACAAGGAUCUAAGUUCUGCAAAGGACUACCAUAGGAGGCAUAAAGUUUGUGAAAUUCACUCAAAGACUGCAAAAGUUAUUGUCAAUGGCAUUGAACAAAGGUUUUGCCAACAAUGUAGCAGGUUUCAUUUGCUGGCUGAAUUUGAUGAUGGCAAGCGAAGCUGCCGUAAACGCCUUGCUGGUCACAAUGAGCGUCGGAGAAAGCCUCAAGUUGGUAUUCAUUCUGGAAGGACGGGGAGGCUGCUUCAGUCAUAUAAUGGCUUUGCAGGUAGCAGUUUUCAAGGGAGUGCGUUAACAACAUCCUUCAUCUGCCAAGAUUUGUUACCCAAUGGCCUUUUGCAUCCUGAGAAAUAUGUAGUGAAUGACUGGUGCAAGCAUAUAAAAGUUGAAGAUGGGACUGAUUAUAGCCCUCGGCCAGCCAUUCCCACUGCAAACAGGCUUCAUUCAAAAUCACUCUUCCCUCCUAGUGAUUUUGAAAAACUAUUUCCUCCUUUCCAUGACAGUGUAAGUCAUACAUACAAUGAAAUCACUUUGACUAAUGAGAGCAAUGCUAGAUAUUCCCACGAGUUUGGAGGCCCAAAUUCUGGAUCACAGCCUCCAUUCCAACACACCUUCCCAGGAGGUCAAAACUUCAGCGUUUUUGAUACAGCAUCAAACAUUCAAGGAUUAUCUGGGAUUUCAGAAGCUGGCUGUGCUCUCUCUCUUCUGUCAUCUCAAUCACAGAAUGCUUUGAGCCACUCAUCAGGAAAUCCCUUUGCUCAUCCCCUGGUUUUACCAGGCAGCAAUACCCAUUUCAGUAUGAGUCAAGUUUCUGAAAAACUCAUAGGAGGAACUUCACAGCCCUUAACAGGUACAGUAUCCAACAAGUUCUCUUCAUCAGGGAUGAAUUCAACUGAAAAGAGUCACUUAGGUUCAGGUUCCAUACUGAUAUCUGAUGAUAGUGAAGCUGCCAAUUUUGAUAUCAUUGAUGGGAUUUACCAAGGAUCAGAAUUUGUGAAUGCCAAAGAUCGCCUAUCAUGUGAAGAGAGUUUAACUAUUGACUUGCUACGACUUUCAUCACAGCUUCAGCGAGUGGAGCAUCAAAGACAAUCCAUGCAGGUGAAGCAGGAAAAGUGAUAUGCUUUCUUCUGCCUCCGGAUUGCGUCCAUUACAUAGAAGGAGGAAAGGUACGAAAAUACACUCAGUAACCGUUCUGGAGAUAACCAUGUUGAUCAUUAGUCUUAAAGACAAUGGAAUCAUUAGGAGCAAGCAAGUCAAAGAGCUGAGAUUUUAAGCUGCCCUUCCUACGUGCUGCUAACAGCUUAAGGCCUUUUCAGCGUCCUUCAGGCCGCUACAACCAGGAAGUCAAUCUUUUCAAGACAGUGAAUAAUUAUUGUCUCCAAGUCUGCUUGAUAGAAUUUCAUCAACAAAUCUGAUAUUUGUCGGUGUAAAUCAUAAUGGGUUACUUUUAACUGCUGAAUUCAUUGUCAAUUACCCAACCUGAAUUCUUUCAAGUGUUAUAUGGUUCUUCAUAUGUUAAAUUUCAAUCUAUUAGCUUUCUUGUGUUCUUGUGAUCUUGUUGUGUGCUCAGAAGGUGCCUCUUUUUGUCAUAGCAGUGCGGUCUUCAGCAAGGAAGGUAUGUGACCUGAUGAUUUAGGGAGGUAGUUUCGGAACGGUCGGGUUAAUUAGGGAAUAUUGAGGAAGAAUGAACCCCCCAGCUAUGUGUAAGCCAAGAUCCUUUUAGUAAACAAAACGAUCUAUGAAGCAAUAAAAACAGCCCUUCUGUAAGUUCUUGCUUGCUUGAUGCCCUGUCUGGAUGUGAGUGAAAUGAAGACAGCAGUUGAAA